CUUUCCGGGUAGGCCCUGUGAACCCGGAUAUCGCACUCCUCUCUACCAUUCAGAACCUCAAAUUGAAAUUUCCACUGCCUUCUUCAAAUCCGAUCUCAGACUGUUCAAAGUGGCAAGAAUGAAGAGUUUCGGUAGGUUGAUAUCGCAGGCCGCUCUCGGCCGUAGCCUCAUUAGAACCUACGCGGCGGAAAACGGAGGUCUUCGAGCGUAUUGCCGUCUUAUAUUCGCUCCUACUUCAACGAAAGUGAUAUCUUCUCUCUCCGGCUUGUCUUCUUUGAAGUCAUCAUCUCUUCCUUCCUCGCUGCACUUGUCUCCAUGGGCAACGAUCGGAGGCCAAAGGAGAUCCAUGUUCAUACAAACACAGUCUACUCCCAACCCAUUGUCACUAAUGUUCUACCCCGGAAAGCCAGUUAUGGAGACUGGAAGUUCAGAUUUUCCAAAUGCUCGUUCUGCAAUGACUUCACCACUUGCUAAGGCUCUGUUUGGAAUUGACGUCAUUAUGCAGGGAUAACUAGGGUAUUUUUCGGAUCUGAUUUUGUAACCGUUACAAAAUCUGAUGAUGCAACUUGGGACUUGCUUAAACCAGAAGUUUUUGCAGCAAUAAUGGAUUUCUAUGCAUCCGGGGACCCUCUUUUUCUGGAUUCGAACACUGCAUCCACCAUGGACACAGCUAUCCGAGAAGAUGAUUCAGAGACUGUUGCAAUGAUUAAGGAACUUCUUGAGACACGUAUACGCCCGGCUGUACAGGAUGAUGGUGGGGAUAUCGAGUAUAGAGGGUUUGAUGAAGACACUGGAAUGGUCAAAUUGAGGAUGCAAGGAGCAUGCAGUGGAUGCCCUAGUUCCUCUGUUACCCUCAAGUCUGGGAUUGAAAACAUGCUGAUGCACUAUGUGCCCGAGGUAAAAGGGGUAGUACAGGAGUUCUAUGAAGAUGAUAACACGGCCUUAACUGGAGCCUCCCAUGAGUGACUUUUGCUUUUUGAGAUGCAUUUUUUUUGGCUUCAUGUGCAGGAAAAUUAGUAGGAUCUUGAAUUAUCAUCAAAUUUAUUUACUUGCAGGGUAUCUGCCUUGUGGUGACUGAUGAAAACGGCCUGUAUAAUAAUUAUUGAUGAUUCUUCCUUUUUCCAAAAUUUAGCACGAGAGUUUUAUAGGAUUGCACCACCUGAAAGUCUGAAACUUGACAUGUCUUUUAAUGACAGACUUAUGUACAUAGACUAUAUCGUUACCCGUGCCGUGCACGGGAUAAAAUGAUUCUGUGUUUUAGUUCUGGCAUGUGUUUAUGGGUUAUUAUAACAAAUGGAAAAUCGUG